AUGCAGGCUUUAUUGGCCAGGCUCAGCAGCAGCACUUACUCCGUAGGCUCCAAGGAGGAUAAUUAUGUGGCCUUUGCCUCUCUCUUCUUCAUCCUGGUCUCCAUCACAACCUUCUGUCUGGAGACCCAUGAGCGCUUCAACCCCAUCGUGAACAAGACAGAAAUUGAGAAUGUUCGAAAUGGUACCCAAGUGCGAUACUAUCGGGAAGCGGAGACUGAGGCCUUCCUCACCUACAUCGAGGGCGUCUGCGUGGUCUGGUUCACCUUCGAGUUCCUCAUGCGUGUCGUCUUCUGUCCCAACAAGGUGGAGUUCAUCAAGAACUCACUCAAUAUCAUUGACUUUGUGGCCAUUCUCCCCUUCUACCUGGAGGUGGGCCUCAGUGGCCUGUCCUCUAAAGCUGCCAAGGACGUGCUGGGCUUCCUGCGUGUCGUCCGCUUUGUGCGCAUCCUGCGCAUCUUCAAGUCGCCCCGCCACUUUGUGGGCCUGCGGGUCCUGGGCCACACGCUCCGUGCCAGCACCAACGAGUUCCUGCUACUUAUCAUUUUCCUGGCCCUGGGUGUGCUCAUCUUUGCCACCAUGAUCUACUAUGCAGAGAGGAUAGGGGCCCAUCCUAAUGACCCCAGCGCCAGCGAGCACACACACUUUAAAAAUAUUCCCAUUGGCUUCUGGUGGGCCGUGGUCACCAUGACCACACUGGGCUAUGGAGACAUGUAUCCUCAGACGUGGUCUGGUAUGUUGGUGGGAGCAUUGUGUGCUCUGGCAGGAGUGCUGACCAUUGCCAUGCCGGUGCCUGUCAUCGUGAACAAUUUCGGGAUGUACUACUCUUUAGCCAUGGCUAAGCAGAAACUACCAAAGAAAAAAAAGAAGCAUAUUCCAUGGCCACCACAGCUGGGAUCUCCCAAUUAUUGUAAAUCUGUCGUAAACUCUCCUCACCACAGUACUCAGAGUGAUACAUGUCCGCUGGCCCAGGAAGAAAUUUUAGAAAUUAACAGAGCAGAUUCCAAACUGAAUGGGGAGGUGGCGAAGGCCGCGCUGGCGAACGAAGACUGCCCCCACAUAGACCAGGCCCUCACUCCCGAAGAGGGCCUGCCCUUUACCCGCUCUGGCACCCGCGAGAGAUACGGACCCUGCUUCCUCUUAUCAACCGGGGAGUACGCGUGCCCACCUGGUGGAGGAAUGAGAAAGGAUCUUUGCAAAGAAAGCCCUGUCAUUGCUAAGUAUAUGCCGACAGAGGCUGUGAGAGUGACUUGACCAGGCGGCUUGGCCGAGGACACUGGUGGCUAUUAAGCAUCUGGGUGGACCUGCAGCCCCUCCUCACCCUCGGACAG